GCGGGCCCAAGCACCGGCCUGGCCAAUAGGAACCGGGAGCGGGGUCCCGGGACUAGAAGAAACGGCGGCCGGGAGGGGGCUACGGGAUCAUGGGGCUUCUGACCAUUCUGAAGAAGAUGAAGCAGAAAGAGCGAGAGCUGCGGCUGCUCAUGCUUGGCUUGGACAAUGCUGGCAAAACAACCAUCCUCAAGAAGUUCAACGGGGAAGAUGUGGACACCAUCUCCCCAACACUGGGCUUCAACAUCAAGACCCUAGAGCACCGGGGAUUCAAACUGAACAUCUGGGAUGUGGGCGGCCAGAAGUCUCUGCGUUCCUACUGGCGGAACUACUUUGAGAGCACAGACGGCCUCAUCUGGGUGGUGGACAGUGCCGACCGCCAGCGCAUGCAGGACUGUCAGCGCGAGCUGCAGAGCCUGCUGGUGGAGGAGCGCCUGGCUGGAGCAACCCUCCUCAUCUUUGCAAACAAGCAGGACCUGCCUGGAGCACUGUCCUCUAAUGCUAUUCAGGAGGCCCUGGACCUGGCCUCCAUCCGCAGCCACCACUGGCGCAUCCAGGGCUGCAGUGCCGUCACUGGGGAGGACCUGCUGCCUGGCAUCGACUGGCUCCUUGAUGACAUUUCCAGUCGUGUCUUUACUGCCGACUGAGCUUCUUCAGUGUCCCCAGCUCACUGUCCAGGCCCCUCCCCUCAUCAGACACCAGCUUUGGGGGACAGGCACCAGCCGGCCAGACUAACACUCCCAACCCCGCCGUGAUCUGCUGCUGCUACUGCUACCCACUGCUGCUCCCCCUCCAGGCCAGGGCUGUCACCCUGGCUCCCAAAGUGGCCUCCAGCUGCCAUGCCAAAAGGAAAGGCUGAACUGGGAGGGACUACCUGCUGCUACCAAGGUCCUAGGUGUCGCCUCUGUCCAGCAGUGAGAAUAAAACAUUCCUUUCCCAGUU